AUGUCCGACUCCGUAGCCCAAACCACCACCGACUCCGAUGCCCUUAACCUUAAGGUUUCAGGCAUCGUCCAACUCAAACCCCAAGGAACGGACUCCAACUACCUAGAUUGGAGUUUCGUCGUUCUUCUUCACCUUCAAUCCCUCAAACUGGCCUAUGUCCUCAAACCCGAGGACGCUACCACCAUCGAGCCGAAGACUACCACCGCCGCGGCGAAGUCGCGCCCCUCCUCCUGGGCGAACGAUAGCAUCGCCGUGUCCUCCUUUAUCGCUAGGACCAUCCACCCCAGCAACCUUCGUUUCGUUCGCGCUCACGGCACGAAUGCCGCGGCAAUGUGGGUAUCGCUGUCGCAAGCUCACCAGGAUUUUUCUUCGGGAGGGCGCAUGCACUGGCUGCGUCAACUCGUCGUCGCUCGUCUCUCCGGCGACGAUAUUGAAUCCCACAUCGAGGCGAUGGCUAUCUGCGCGGAGCGUCUUGGCUCCUUGGUCACCCCUGAGAAACCGCUCACUGUCGAUGACAUCCAUGCCACCGCACUCCUCACCUCCCUGACAGACGACUGGUUACCCUGCGUCUCGGCCUUGAUGAACGAGGACGCGGUCACCUCCUCACGCAUCGUAUCCGCCCUCAAGGCGGAGUCCCUUCGUCGCAAGGCUCGUUGCGAUGACGAGUCUUCUGUCUCCGUCUCCAAGGCCAGAGCCGAGCCGGACAAGGGUCGCCUCCGAUACAACAAGGCGUUGCAUUGCACAUUCUGCAACCGAAGCGGUCACGACCUGACCGUUUGCCAGAACGCCGCCCGGAUCUUAUCCGACCACAAGUCCUCUCGCUCGUCUGCCCCGGAUUCCUCGCGUCGGAAUGACGGCUCGCGAUUCAAAGGCCGUUCCAACGCGUCGGACAGAUCUCCUCCGCAACCGCCCGGCCACACUACUGUGGUCGAGCUUGGAUAUGACUCCUAUGAGGAUGAUUCCGACUUCUCCAUUCCCGAGCGCGCUGGAAAUGCGGUCGUCGGGCUCACCUCCUUUCCAUCCUCAGUGUCUACCAACACUGUUGAUGCCAAUAUCGAUUCUGGGUGCUCUGUCUCCAUGACCCCCCAUAUCUCCACCGUACAUCGUUGUAAGCCAGAUUCGACCGUUGUUCGUCUCGCUGACAGCUCUGAAGUACUUGCCACCCAUCGCGGAUCCCAGUCCCUUCCACUUUCGGUCGAUAAAAGCGUCCCGACUCUCGUUGUUCCAGGCCUUCAUGAGCCCCUGCUCUCCGUGGCAGGGCUCUGUGACAAAAAUCUUAUCGUUGUCUUCUCCGCGGAAGCUUGUGAAUUCUACGAGGCCGGCUCCUUCUCGUCGAGUGGUCCCAUUGUUGGACGUGGAUACAGAAAGGGUAAUCUUUUCUACCUCCCCUCCAACGAGGUAAGGUCCUCAUCCGCCGUCUCAACCCCCUCCCCCUCUCAUGGCAACUCACUCCUGGAUUUUCACAUUCGACUUUCACAUAUAGGUCUGAAACCCUUGAAACGUCUCCUACGCCAGGCUGGCAUCGUUCCAACUCUGGCCAACGACAUUGAGCAUGAUCAAAAAGGAAUCAGCCUUGAUACCGCAACUCGCUGGAUGUACAAGCUAGGAUUUCGGGCUCAACGGCACCGGAAAUCAGUCUACUAUGAUGGACAUGAGCGAGAGGACGUAGUUGCUUCUAGAUUGAAGUUCUUGGGUGAUGUUGCUCGGUUGCGUGCGUAUUCAAAAAAGUACGAUGGAGAUAAUUGCGACAUACCUCUCUUGGUUGACCCCGAAAUCCUGGGUGAUAACAAGGAGACAGUAUUCAUUUAUCACGACGAGUCUACAAUACACGCAAAGGAAAGACCAACUCUUUCAUGGCUCCUGCCUGGAACAACUGAGCUCCGAUCAAAAAGCCUUGGCCGAUUGAUUCACAUAUCCGACUUUAUCUUGGAGUCGACUGGUCGAUUAGUCCUAUCACCAGAGCAGCAAAAAUUGCAUGACCUUGAAUUCUCAGAUGCUGCUACGGUAAUCUACCCUGGCUCACAGGGUGAUGCAUGGUGGGAUAUGGAUCAGCUCUGUAAACAGGUAUCACAAAAGGCGAUACCCAUCUUUGAGGCUGCACAUCCUGACUGCCAGGGUGUUUUCAUUUUUGACUGCUCUUUGGCUCACGAAGCAUUUGGACCUCAUGCCCUCCGUGCCCAGAAGAUGAACCUCGGACCUGGCGGAAAGCAAUCACGAUUACGCGAUACCAUCAUUCCUAGCGACAACCCUCACAUUCCAGAAGAGUUGAGAGGCCAACCACAAACGAUGUGCUAUCCAACCGAUCAUCCGGACCCAUCUUUAGCUGGUCAACCAAAGGGAAUCAAGCAGGUCCUUACUGAACGCGGACUCUGGCAACACUACUGCAGUUCUCGGAUCCAAGCACGCUUGCCUCCACUGGUUCUCAAGUGCAAGACAUGUUUGGAAAGUGGUGCGGUCAAGGAAGCUGAAGCAAGGGCAAGCCAACUGGUGAAGCAAGCUGAGGCUCAAGGAUACUUCAUUGACCAAGAAGCUUGCUUCACCAAGGAACUCGGAACUACUGCACCAGCAAAUCUGCCACAAUCAAAGCUCAAAGACUGCUGCUGGUCUCAGAUAAUGACUUCUCAAUCAGAUUUCCUGGCCGAGAGGUCAUUACUUCAAACUAUGAUUGAAGAUGCCGGUCACAUCUGCCUGUUCCUCCCGAAGUUUCACUGCGAGUUAAAUCCAAUUGAGCUCCUUUGGGCAUAUGUCAAAGCAGAUUAUCGGAGGCAGAGUCACCAGUGUUCUACUUGGAAACACUACCAAGCACUCUUUGAACACUCUCGCCGUUCAUGCCCUUUGUCAACCAUCCGGAAGUUUUUCAGAAAAAUUGAUCGGCAACACUCAGCAUAUGCCCUGGGUCUUGAUGGACCUGCUGCACAGCGAGCGAUGAAGAAGUAUUCAUCACAUCGCCGCAUUCCUAAGAGUGCAAUGAUGGAUUUAUCGAUUGUAGGGGCAUAG